UCAACAGAAAGAGCCGAAGAUGUUGCUGUUACGCUGACAGAGGAGAGAAGAGCUGGUAAUCAGUGUGCCCUGAUGAUCAGUGUAGCCCCAGCAGUGCCACCUGUCAGUGUCCAUCAAUGCCAGCUGUCAGUGCUCAUCAAUGCCACCUGCCAGUGCCCAUCAGUGCCUCAUUAAUGCCACAUAUCAGUGCCUACCAGUGCACAUCAAUGCCACAUAUCAGUGCCCAUCUGAGCUGACUUUCAGUGUCACCUAUCAAUGCCAGUCAGUGCCAUCUAUCAAUGCCAGUCAGUGCCACCUAUCAGUG